UCUUAUGCCCAUUAAUGCAGUGAGAGUCACCUCUCAAAUUGAAUUCCUAGCUAGUACUUAACAUAAUGCAGUGAGAUUCACACUCCCAACGCUUCCUCUUUCUCCCUUAAAUAUCUUCAUUCAUCUCAACACCACCACCACUUCCCCACUUUUGUUACUCAGUAUGCUUGGAGCCCUUCUCCUCAACGCCAACUUCAAGAUUCAUUUCUCACUCAUAUCAUGCCAAGCCCGUGUCCCCUUACCCGUCAAGCCCGCACCGCUCAGAAUGCCCUCUCCCCACUACCCCCACUGGGCCUCCUUGCAGGCCGACAUUGAAGCCCACCUCAAACAAACCAUUCCCCUCAAAGAACCCCUCGAGGUCUUCGAGCCCAUGCUCCACCUCGCCUUCUCCGCCCCCCGGACCACCGUCCCGGCCCUAUGCCUCGCCGCCUGCGAGCUUGUCGGCGGUCACCGCCAACAAGCCAUGGCCGCGGCAUCGGCCUUGUUACUCAACCUCGCCAAUGCACACGCCCAUGAACACCUAACCGACGGGCCCAUGUACGGCCCCAACAUAGAACUCCUCACCGGGGACGGGAUUGUUCCGUUCGGGUUUGAGUUGCUGGCGAGGCCCGACGGGCCAGCAAGUGCGAGCCCGGAGCGAGUCCUACGUGUGAUGAUUGAGAUAUCACGUGCGGUGGGUUCGGUGGGGUUGCAAGACGCGCAGUACGUGAAGAAAACGUUGUGGGACGGUGGUGAGGAGGUGCAAAACGUGGAAAGCAUGCAGCGCUUUGUAUUGGAGAAAAGGGACGGUGGGUUGCAUGCAUGUGGGGCUGCGUCUGGUGCCAUCUUGGGAGGUGGGAGUGAGGACCAAAUUGAAAGGUUGAGAAAUUUUGGAUUUCAUGUGGGGAUGAUGAGGGGAAUGCUACAAAUGGGGUUCAUGGAAAAACAUGUGCAAGAGGAGAGACAUCUUGCACUCAAGGAACUGCAAUUUUUCAUGGACAGAGAUGUUCAUGUUAUUUCUAGUUUUAUUUAUUAAUUUCUAGCCACUUUUAAGUUUUCUAUAUAUCUGGAAUCUCAAGUGGGUUGUUGUCCAUCUUCAUAUGUACGGAACAUGAUCAACUGUGCGGUUCAUAGACAAUAAUUGCACGAUCAUGUGUUUCAAAUUAAAUCUGAUGGUAUAUAUAGCAGAAGUUUUUAACUUAUAUUUUA